AUGACAACCGUUCAAGACGAAAAUGAGCCGGUAUUUUCAGCCUCAGACGACCAGCGGCUCAGAAAACACUGUUCCCCAACUUCAAGUGACUACAGUUGUAUUGUCUGUCAACAGGUUUACUCAACCGUUCAUGGACUUGAGGUCCACAGCAGAAGGUCUCACAAAGGAACGAAGCCCUUUGUCUGCAUACUGUGCAAUAAAUCUUUUGGUCAUGUUGUCAGCUUGAGACAGCAUAUGAACAUCCACUCAAAGGAAAUAUGUUUUGAGUGCGAGGUCUGUUGCAAAACUUUUAAUCGUUCCUUUGCACUCAAAACACAUCUGAUAAUCCAUUCGGACAUCAGGCCAUACCCCUGCCAGUACUGUAACAAGAGGUUUCAUCAAAGGUCUGAUAUGAAGAAGCACGCACACGUUCACACUGGUGAAAAGCCUCACAAAUGUGAAAUUUGUGGCAGUGCUUUCAGCCAAAGCUCCAACCUGAUCACACAUAGGUGGACACACACAGGCUUCAAACCUUACCACUGUGACAUUUGUCCAAAGGGUUUCCAACGUAAGAUGGCUCUACAAAGGCACCACAAGCGCCAGCAUGGCGUAAACUGA